CUCUCCUCCUCCUCCCCCGGCCGGGGAAUGCACUGAGCAGGAGACUCUUCCUCCCGGUAGUCCCCCGGCCGCCCCCCAGCAUGUGUGUCCCCCUCUUGCUCCUGUCCCUGGCACUGGCCCGGUCCCUCUCUCUCUCCCUGCCGCCCCCGGACGAGCUGCUGUGGGACGGGGUCCGCUCCUUCUCCCGGGGAGACUGGUCGGAGGCCCGGGACCGGCUGCUGGGAUCCCUGCGGAGUCUCCGUGAGGUCCGGGGGAUCCGCCUGCGAUGCGGGGAGGAGUGCGGGCUCCGGCGGCACCGGCUGGAGGAGGCAGUGCUGGAGCGGGCGGACUGCCUGGAGAGCUGCGAGCGGCUGCUGCUGGGAGCCCCUUCCCUGUACCGACUGACACACGACACGGAGCGGACCUUCCAGAAGGGGGCGCCCUACAACUACCUGCAGAUUGCGCACUACAAGCUGGCGGAGUUGGAUGAAGCUGCUGCCGCUGCAUUCACUUUCUACAUGAGGAACCCACGUCAUGAACAGAUCCAAGAGGAUGUACAGCGAUACCGCCGCAUGAAAGGGGUCCAAGAGCAGAGCUUCCGAGACUUAGAGGAAGCUCCGUACAAGGCGCUCUUUUCCCAGGCGGUGUCUCUGCUGUCUGAGGGUAGAACGUCCACUGCAGUCUCAAAGUUGGAGGAGUCACUGGCGUCCUAUCUGUCUGCGCUGCAGGAGUGCCGGUCGCUCUGUGAGGGAACGCGUGAGCACGAGAACCAGACUCACCGGGACAUGUCUGAGGUGAUUGCAGAAUAUUACACGCAGGUUUUGCAGUGUAAACAGCGGUGUGUCCUAGAGGUAACCGUGAUGCCGGGACAGAAACGUCCGGAACAGGACAUCCUUGUGUCUCAUCUGCAGAUGCUGCAGGACGGCUACGCCCAGAUUGGGAACUGGAAGUCCGCUGCACAGACAGCCCGGUCUCUAUUGCUCUUCUUCCCGCACAAUGAGACCAUUAUUGAGAGCCUACAAGGUUACGAAAAACGUCUGGAAGGCGCAGGGGGCAGCAACCUCCGAGAGAACAUAGCGUCAUAUGUGCGCCAGACUCUGUCAGAGAAGAAACUUCUGUAUUAUGCUAUGGAACAUCUGGACAUCUCAUUCCAGGACCCGGAUGUGUGGACACCAGAGGAAGUUAUACCAGAGAGUAUUAGGGAAAGAGUCAGGACAGAGAGAGAAUCUGCGGAGGAGAAUGGGAAGGAGCUUCCUUAUGAGCAGGUGACAAUCACCCUGACCCCGAGACAGAUGAAUGGGACAGCUAGAGCCACCCUGGAUGGAGUCCUCAGCGAGGAUGAGUGUGAUUCGCUGCUCAACCUGGUGCAGGAAGCUGAAGCAUCUGAGGACGGGUUCAGGGCAAGGAAAUCGCCUCACACCUCUCACGAGAGAAUCCAAGGUCUGAGUGUUCUGCGAGCUCUGCAGAUGGCGUCAUCAGGAGCACUGGACCUCAGCCACACGCACCUUUAUUACCACGUCACCGAGCGGGCUCGUGUACUGACGCAGGCUUACUUUGACACGAAGACUCUGCACUUCUCGUACGCCCAGCUGGUGUGUCGGUCGGCCAUUGACGGAGAACAGGAGGGACGCACAGAUCUCAGUCAUCCUGUACAUUCAGAUAAUUGUAUCUUGGACCCAGAAGAGAAGCGGUGCUGGAGAGAGCCCCCUGCAUACAUACACAGAGACUACAGUGCGUUCCUCUACCUGAACAAUCACUUCCAAGGUGGAGAUCUCUUCUUCACAGAACAGGAUGGCGUGACUGUCACGGCAGAGGUUCAGCCACGCUGCGGCCGCCUGGUCCUAUUCAGCUCCGGCGGAGAGAAUUCCCAUGGCGUACGGGCGGUGACGGAGGGUAAACGGUGCGCUAUAGCUCUGUGGUUCACUGGAGCAGCGGAACACGCCGAACAGGAAAGAGGCCAAGCUAAGAUUCUGAUGACGGGCGGCAUAAGUCAGCAAGAGAAAACAGAUGAUCAGACAGACCAGACCGGGAAAGAGACAAGUGAGAAAGAGACUGGAAAACCGUCUGGCCGACAACAGAGACGGAGGGUUUCCAGGAAAAUUGAGGAUGAACUGUGAAGGCGGUGCAAGAGACCGCAUGAGAUGGACAGCCGUGAGUGCAGCAGCCCUCUGUCCGGAUUUCAGGUUCUGCGGGACGGUGGCGGCAACGUGUACAAAUCUCGGGCUCAGAGAAACUUUAACAUUAAAACAAGUUUACUGAUGAAGGGACGAACGUUUGUGGGUGGAGCUUCUGCAGGACACGGGCAUUGCUGGGUUAAUAGAAAUGGUUUGCAGGCCACCCUGUAUGCGCUAAUGUAUUACAUCUUUCCGGGGUAAAACGCUGCAGAGUCACAGUCAGUGAUGGGUUAAUGAAAUGGUCAUUUGCAGUGUAAUUUUGUCAUUUUUAUAAUAAAGCCUGCAGUCUGCUCUC